CUUCCUGCUCGUCUGUCAGUGUGUGUGUGUGAAGGUUUCCAGCCCUUCUCUCACUUCUCUCCCUUUCAUCCUCCCAUACAGCAGACAGCACACCACCUUCUCCUCUCCUUCCUCCGUCCCACCCGCACCUCCUCAUCCUCCCGCUACACUUUCCUCCUCUUUGCGACGGGACUGCCGACAGCCAGGCCGCGGUCUCUUCAGCGUGGAUCAGCUCAGAGAGGGAGAACGAGUGUGUGUGUGAGUGUGUUAGUGUGUGUAUAUGUGUGUGUGUGUAAGUGUGAGUGAGUGAGUGCGUGUGCGCGCACCCGCCGGCAACCGGUCCAUCCGCGUUAUUCCCCCUCACCCCCUUCCCACUAUCCUGCCUCGUUGCUCGGUCAUGACGCUAGAAGCGAUCCGCUACCGGACCGGGUCUCUGCAGAUCCUCAACCAGCUGCUGCUGCCACACCAGACCGUUUACGAUGACAUCCGCUCGGUGCAGGACGCUUACGAGGCCAUCAAGUCCAUGAAGGUGCGCGGGGCUCCGGCCAUCGCCAUCGUUGGCUGUCUCAGCUUGGCCGUGGAGCUGCGGGCAGGCGCUGGAGGUGACGACCCUGUGACCUUCAUCAGGGAGUCUCUGUGUCACCUGACCUCAGCGAGGCCCACCGCCGUCAACAUGGGCCGCGCCGCCCGCGAGCUGAUGGAGUUUGCAGAGAAUGAGAGUAUGGAGAAGAACUCUGAGCAGCUCAGAGAAAGUGUAAUUGCCUGGAUCGAAGACAUGCUGGAGCGUGACGUCAAUGACAACAGGAAGAUCGGUAACUAUGGAGCUCAGCACAUCCUUUCUGGCGUCCCCAGGGACUCGGUGACCAUUCUCACGCACUGCAACACCGGCUCGCUGGCCACAGCUGGAUACGGGACGGCGCUGGGCGUGGUGAGAAGCCUCCACACGCUGGGCAGGCUGAAGCGCGUGUACUGCACAGAGACGAGGCCGUACAACCAGGGGUCCAGACUGACGGCGUACGAGGCUGUAGCGGAGGGAAUCCCUGCCACGCUUAUAACAGACAGCAUGGCAGCCCUCACCAUGAGGGAGAUGGACAUCACAGCUGUGGUGGUGGGUGCAGACAGGGUGGUUGCUAACGGUGACACAGCCAACAAGGUCGGCACGUACCAGCUGGCCAUCGCCGCUAAGCACCAUGGGAUACCUUUCUAUGUGGCGGCACCCAGCACGUCGUGUGACCUGAGCCUGGAGAGCGGCAGGGACAUCAUCAUCGAAGUGCGCCCCCCCGAGGAACUCACUUCCAUAAACGGGGUUCCGAUCGCUGCCCCAGGUAUCGAAGUGUGGAACCCGGCCUUCGACGUGACCCCUCACCAGCUCAUCACAGGGGGCAUCAUCACAGAGCUGGGAGUCUUCCUCCCCUCUGAGCUCCAGGCGGCGCUCACCGGCCGCCUCACUGCCCUCUAGAGCCACUCGGCUCCUCCUGCUGGUCCGUGCACACCACUGCACGUUUACGUCACACUAAGAGACACUUUCUCAUCAUCACAGAUACCGCACAGUUGUAUUUCUAAUUGAAUUUUGUUCAUUACACAGUCACUGUUGCAUUCAGUGGUGCACACAGGAAAAAAAAAAUCUUGUUUGUCACUUGUCCACACACACAGCUACAUAGAGUCUCACUGCAGGGAGUCGAGUAGCCACACACGUGCGGUCUCCCCUUUCUUUUAAAUCCCUGUUCUAUCUUUACCUUUCACCUCCAAAGCUUUCCAUCGCAUCUGUCAUUGUCUCUUUCCGCCUCUCUCCCUUUCCAAAUGGCUUCUGUACCAAUUUUAAAAAAAAAGCUCAGUGGACUCGAACCGAGAAAUUCAAUUUGGCAAACAAACAUAAAUGCGACCUUACGAAAGUCACAUUUUAACAACUUAAAGAAUAAAACGAAAGUCUAAAUAGCACGACUGGUUCUUUAAUUUGAAACAAGUCGUGGUUUCUAAAAUGCUGCUACCUACUUGUAAAUAUAUAUAUCCUUGCUGGUAGUGUGUACAUAUGUAGAAACUAACCCCUGCUCGUGAAACGCGCCGCUUUUUCAUCCAAAUAAGCGGUUAUGUAAAAAAUACAUUUCCCAUCUAAAAAUGUUAUAUUAACAUUUCAUUUCUUUUGCUCAGUGUAGGAACUUUUUUGUAAUAGACAAAUUCACAUUUUUAGCUCAUAGUCUUAAUAUGGAAGAAUUUUGUUUCUCACUUUUUAACCCGUGUGUCAAAAUAAUUGAACGAUCGGUCACGCUAGUCAGCUGAAGCCUUUAACGUCACAUGGCUACUUUUAUACCUCACUCCUUAUUUGCGUCUUGCUCUUCCCAGUUAUACUGUAUCAUACCACACAUUUACUCUCAUAAUAGACUUGUAUAAACUGAUCAGCCACAGCAUUAAAACCACCUGCAGAUCGGUCUCUUUCUGAUGCAUCCCGUGGCCGCUCGAUCAGAUUUAGAUCCGGGGAGUUUGGGGGCUGGUCAGCACUUUGGGCUGCCUGUCACCCUUCUCUGUAAGGAAGAAUCAUUAAAAAAAAUAGGAGUUAAAGGAGUAGUUUGCCUCAAAAUUAAGGUUUAGUUGUUGACUUGUGUGACUUUUAAAAUAAUUUUUCGAUGUCAGCUUUCCUGCUUAGAAACGAAUCUCUCUCCAGAUGGUGCGUUUAACUACAUCAGCCUCAACACACGAAAAGCUGCACAAAAAAGGAUUUUUACUCUCACACUUCCUGCUCUGCGUGACGCAGGAGACGGACACAGCUGACAAGUGGAAGAAAGAGAUAGUUGCUUUGAUUUGACUCCAAGCUAAUGGUUAGGUUGCUCUGUGACCACAGAGUGUCAUCAUAACAAGCUGCUUUGCUAACACAUCCGCCUUGAUGGCUUGUUUUAACAUUGGGUUAAGCAGCCUAAUGAUUAUAUUCCAAACCAUGUGAGUGAAAUCUCCAGUGUUCAGUCCUUUGUUGCGUGUCAUACACCCACAUCUCUGCCUUUAUGUCAAGCUGCUCUUAACUGCCAAAUAAAUACCAAAAUACUCUUUUAAUAUCUCUGUUACUUUGUGUGUUGUUAGUUUGUUUUGCCACUAAAGUGUGGAAAACAAAUCAAUGCAGUUUUAAAGCCCUCCAGUAUUGACAUCAUGAUGGCGUUUCAAAGUGUCAGAGACACAAAACUUAGUCUAAAGGUUAAGUCUUAGAUUUCAGACUAACUAGUUGGGCCAUACAAACCUGAGAGACUGUCACAAAUUUAAUGUGGGGGUGAGCAGGAGCUGACUGUCUCUUUUUGUGGGGGCAUGAACUACUCCUUUAUGAUGGAGGGCAUCUUCUGCGUUACGUACUUUUGCGCCACCACCAAUGAGAAUGUAACAUUUAAGUCGUGUAAAUGUUGUUUUCGUUUGGGGCCGGACG